AUGGCCAGAACUUACCACAAAUCAAGAAUGGAAAGCAUUUCAUUAUUUUCGACAUCGACAGCCCUAGAAGGGCUAGAGCUCUUCAACCCGCUUCCCGAUCCAUUGGAUGGGGAAAGCGAUUUUCUACAUGAAUAUAACGAUGACGUGUACAGUUGUAUAGAAGAAAGGAAAGCACCGCUCUCGAACUUGUUGGCGGAAGAUCUGCUACAAGAGCUUAAUUUCGAAGGUUUGUAUUAUUAUUUUCUCGUUUUGGGGCAAUGUAUUUUUAACCGUAGGGUUUUUAUUUUAAGAUCGCAGCUUCUCUCGCGGGUAAUAUUUUUGCGUUUUGCGAGGAAUGUGAAUGAUUGUGAGAAAUUUUCCUUGCGAAAGAAACGUGAUAGCUUGUAUUUUUCGAUAUCCGCACGAAACAUAUCCGUAAUUCAGCGGGAACAGUGUUCAAAGUUUUCAUUUUCCAUUCUUUUGUCUUUUGGUCAAAUGCACCGAAUAUCAUCUGUUGUCAUGGCAACACGUUCUCGUGACGUAUUCGUUAAGCGUAUUGUGGAAAAUUCAACAUUACAUCAGCUUCUACAGAAUUUUGCAUCAUCUUGUUGCAUCAGUUGGGUUAUCUAAAUCCCACUGGUUGUUCUUGCCAAAGUUUUCUUAGGCUUUGGAAACCCACAACCUUGAACAUGGCCUUGAAUAUACAGAGGUUAAAAGUUAAUGUUUCAUUCCUGAAAUCAAGUGAUUUCUUCUUGAAUUUCAGAUGGCGGUGGUCUGUUAGAUUGUGAGUGGAUGACAGAAAGACUGGAAUUCAACAACUUUGAACCAGUGCUUGAGGAACACACCAACUCGUUUAUCGACAUGGGUGAAGUUGGUGUGUCAACUAUAGAUGAAGCUCCUCAAACUGGGGAACCAUCCUUAAAGUGUGAGCCGGUGAACUUUACUUUCAUGGAAACUGAAAGUGAAAGUCCAGAGAAAAGUGAGCCCUUGAACAUCCCUCUCCUGGAAACUGAAGAAGAAAGUCCAGUUAUGAUAGAGGCCAAUAUUUUUGCUAACGUGGAUGAAAUUCUCAGGAGGCUCUGUGCUGAUAAAAACAUUCCAUUCAGUGAAGGAAUUUCAGAUGUCCCCUCUUCACCAUUGCAGAAUGUUCCAGAGGUUGAGCUUCAUUCUCCCUGCAGUGUCGCGUCCCCUGGAUCAGCUGUAAGUAGUGAGGAAAUACCACUAGCCUGUUCAGAUACAGAAUUGGGCAGCUCAAAUCCUCCAUCUCCUGGAGUUGAAGCAAGCCCCAUCAAGAAAAACCCACCAUUAAUUUUUCAUCCAGUGAGGACUCUCCCGAGGGCAGCGUAUGUUGCACCAUAUCCUCAGGAAAAACCCGUGAAGGAAAAAACGCCUCAGCAGAGAAAAAGAAAACGGGAGCAGAAUAAAGAUGCUGCUACACGGUACCGAAUCAAGAAACGUGAAGAGCAGGAGGCCGUUCAGAGUGAACUUAGUGGAUUAGAAAAAGAAAAUGUUGACCUGAAAGAUCAGGUGUCUUCAUUGUCAAAGGAAAUUGAAUACUUGAAAAACCUGAUGCUUGAAGUGUAUAAAACCAAGCUUCAGAAACAAUCUUUGACAGCUGUUAAAAGUUGA